AUGCAAUACCUGGUCGAUGAACCUCUGGAACGUUUGGGCAACAUGGGUAAGGACGAACGACAUCCGGAUAAAUGCAGACAGGUUCAACUGUGUAAUAAUGCCCGUUUUGAAGACAUCUUCGGCGGCGACAAGGGUCUGAUAAGACCACGCACCAAGCGUACCACGUCGGGACCGGAGUGCUGGACUUGGUCUUUGGAUGAACUCUUCGGUGUCAUCAAACGGGAUCAGGUAGUAACAUUCAAAGAGCCCCUCAACGCCAUCUUCCAGGACAUUCAAUUAACGAUAGAGAAGGAAGAAAAGAGUCAACUGGCUUUUCUGGAUGUUCUCGUUUGCCGCAACGAUUUUACUGGCCUAACAACCGAAGCAUUCAGUGAAAAUGACUAA